ACACAGGCCAGCUAAUGCUUAGUCACGCUGAGUUUCUGCUUUCAGUGGGUAUGAUACACACACAAGUACACACACUCACAUACACACAGAAGUGCUCACACACACACACACACACACAGAGAGAGAGAGAGAGUGUCCGUGCGCUGCUGCUGAUGCCCGAUUCGCGUGCAGACACAGAUCAGCAGCUCUGCCCUCCUCUACAGACUGACUGACAGGCGCGUGUGUGUGCGUGUGUGUGUGUGUGUGUGUGUUCACACUGGUCAGGAGAACACAGAUAUGUGAGCGUUCCUCUGCGUGUGUUCCUGCUGGUGAUGAGCGGUGUGUGUAUGAUGUGUGCGUGUCUCUAACACAGGUGUGUGUGUGUUCUCGUGACCGCUGCGCUGGCGAGUGAGGAUGUGCCCGCGCUGAUGUUGGCGGCGGCGGGCAUGACGGAGUGUAAGGCGGAGGUGACGCCGUCGGCCAGCAAUGGGCACCGCGUCUUCAGCUACACGCUGGAGAGCCACACGGCCGCCGCCUUCGCCAUCAUGAACGAGCUGCGGCGCGAGAGACAGCUGUGUGACGUCACACUCCGCGUGCGCUACUGCCCGCUCGACACACACGUCGACUUCGUGGCGCAUAAGGUGGUGCUGGCCUCGUCCUCGCCUGUGUUCCGCGCCAUGUUCACCAACGGCCUAAAGGAGUGCGGCAUGGAGGUGGUGCCCAUCGAGGGGAUACACCCCAAGGUCAUGGGCCGGCUCAUUGAGUUUGCGUACACGGCGAGCAUCUCAGUGGGUGAGAAGUGUGUGAUCCACGUGAUGAACGGCGCCGUGAUGUACCAGAUCGACAGCGUGGUUCAGGCCUGCUGUGAUUUCCUGGUGGAGCAGCUGGACCCCAGUAACGCCAUCGGCAUCGCCAGCUUCGCCGAGCAGAUCGGCUGCACGGAGCUCCACCAGAAGGCCAGAGAGUACAUCUACAUGAACUUCAGCCAGGUGGCGACGCAGGAGGAGUUCUUCACCCUGUCUCACUGUCAGCUGGUGACCCUGAUCAGCCGGGACGAGCUGAACGUGCGCUGCGAGUCGGAGGUGUUCCACGCGUGUGUGGCGUGGGUUCAGUACGACCGUGAGGAGCGGCGUCCGUAUGUGCAGGCGCUGCUGCAGGCCGUCCGCUGCCACUCGCUCACGCCGCACUUCCUGCAGCGGCAGCUGGAGCACUUCGAGUGGGACGCGCAGAGCAAAGACUACCUGUCACAGAUCUUCCGGGACCUGACGCUGCACAAGCCCACCAAGGUCAUCCCCCUGCGCACGCCCAAGGUGCCGCAGCUGAUCUACACGGUGGGCGGAUACUUCCGGCAGUCGCUCAGCUUCCUGGAGGCCUUCAACCCCUGCAGCGGCGCGUGGCUGCGGCUGGCGGACCUGCAGGUGCCCCGCAGCGGGCUGGCGGCCUGCGUCAUCAGCGGCCUGCUGUACGCCGUGGGUGGACGCAACAACGGGCCCGACGGGAACAUGGACUCACACACGCUGGACUGCUACAACCCCAUGAACAACUGCUGGCGGCCCUGCGCACACAUGAGCGUCCCGCGCAACCGCAUCGGCGUCGGCGUCAUCGACGGCAUGAUCUACGCCGUGGGCGGAUCACACGGCUGCACACACCACAACAGCGUGGAGAGGUAUGACCCGGAGCGGGACAGCUGGCAGCUGGUGUCGCCAAUGCUGACGCGGCGGAUCGGAGUGGGCGUGGCCGUGAUCAACCGGCUGCUGUAUGCGGUGGGCGGCUUCGAUGGGACGCACCGGCUGAGCUCCGCGGAAUGCUACAACCCCGAGCGGGACGAGUGGAGGAGCAUAGCGGCCAUGAACACAGUCCGCAGCGGCGCAGGUGUGUGUGCGCUGGGGAACUACAUCUAUGUGAUGGGUGGAUAUGACGGCACCAACCAGCUGAACACGGUGGAGCGCUACGAUGUGGAGAAGGACAGCUGGAGCUUCAGCGCAUCCAUGCGGCACCGGCGCAGCGCUCUGGGGGUCACCACACACCACGGACGCAUCUAUGUGCUGGGUGGCUAUGAUGGGAACACGUUCCUGGACAGUGUGGAGUGUUUUGACCCAGAGACGGACUCAUGGACAGAGGUCACACACAUGAAGUCGGGCCGCAGCGGAGUCGGAGUCGCCGUCACCAUGGAGCCCUGUCACAAAGAGCUGAUCCCCUGUCAGUGCUAGCGGCGGCGCGUGUGUGUGUGUUAACACACACACACACAGAUGAGCAGAAUGUCUGUCAUCUCCACACACACUCCUGUGGAUCCACUUUAUCCUGAUCCCAGAACAGUGCCACCAUCAGCACGACAGUAUGUCUGAGUGUGUGCUACAGGAGUGACGGCUGGCCAAACACACACACACACACACACUUGUAUAUGUGGUUUUUGAGGACUUUCCACAGGCAGGACGUCCUCUGUACUGUAAGCAGUGUGUCCCCCCACACACACACCUCAUUACAGUACCCCUACUGUAAUUACACUGUCAUUAUACAGUUCAGUGUCCUCCUAAAGCACAUCAACACACACACACACACACACACACACACACACACACGUGCGCCGCUGUCAGUAUAUUGAGGUGUUUUGUAUUCCUCUUUAGCUCUGGGACGGUACGAGAUGAGACGCCGCUCAGUUCCUCAGAUUCAUACGAGCCGCACAGAUCUCUCUCUCUCUCUCUCUCUCUCUCUCUCUCUCUCAGUCUCUCUCUCUCUCUCUCCCUCUCUCUCUCAGUCUCUCUCUCUCAGUCUGUGUUAGCCGUGGAGCCCGGCGCUGGUUCUGCUGCAAUCAAAGUUGAUGAUCCAAUAUUGUAUUUGUAAGCCCAGUUGAAGCUGUUUUUCCAGGGGUUUUGUACAUGGGUACUGCAUGAAGUCUGAUUCUCUGUAAUUUAUUGAGACGCCGCCGUGCCGCUCCUCCGCCUGCGGCUCGUUUUUACUCUGCUUCUGUUUGAUGAGGGAUGCAGAUUUCAUUUAAUCCUCCACAAUUAAGCAUCACAGAUGAUUUACAGUCUGCUUUGUAUAUUUUACAGCAACAAACAUUGUAUAUUAAAGGUGUGUGUUGGUUGUUGGA